AUGGGCGAGGCGAGCGAGGCAAAGAAGGGUGUGCUCUCGAUGUGGAUGUACGACCGCGCUGCCCAGCUCUACAAUGAGCAGAUCGUGGCCAAGUACGCCCACUCGACCGCCGCGCCGCCUGAUGGGCUGGCGUAUGCCAAGACGUCGGGCGAUAAGAUCAAGGCGGUUUGCGAGAGGUGCACCUCCACCGCCCGCGCGGCCUCGCGCGAGCAGGCGCGCCGCGGUGUCGUGCUCGCUCCGGCCGACCCGGACGGCGAGCAUGCGCGCGCGGUGGCCGGGCAAGAGCCGGCGGCGGCGGACGUGAAGCCGACGUCGCAGUCGCGGCGAGACUUUGAUUACAACUUUGCUGUGUCGCAGCGGGCGAUUAGGUAUACGCGGGAGCAAAUCGAGGACAGGGAGGUGACGAUCACGACGAGGGUUCAGCGCCGGCUGGCAAAAGCUGUGGGCGCAAAGCAGGCGCUCUCCAAGAGCUUCACCGCCGACAAGCAGCGCACGGCGAUCCUCGACAAGAUGGAUGAAAAGCAGCUGCUGGAGCUGGAGCUGGAGCCCGAACCAGUGCCGGUGCAGUCCAACGCCAACGCUGUGGCGACUAUCGGCAGCGGCGAGUAG